AAAAGUUUAAUCAUUAAUUUAAUACUAUUUUUCAGGAUGGAAGUAAUGUCAAGGUAGUGAGUUCUGAUAGUGAAAUGUCUGAAAUAUCAAUAAAUGUACAAAUAAAGGAUGAGGCUGGUCAACAACUUGAGGUGGAUGCUUCUCAAACAGAGGUCAGAGAGGGUGUGACUUUUCCAGACCGUAAUGAUAAAACAAUAAGAAUGGCAGCUAAGAGAAGUAAUCCAACUGAACCUGGUGCAACAAGAAAUGGAAUUUGCAGAAAUAAAGACAUACUGCAAAAAUUGGCAGGGAGAGUCAAAGUAGGCAGCAAUAAGGCAUUGACAAGAAUGUCUAACCAAUUGUUUGCUGGUAAACAAUCUGGUGUAUCAGCUUUAGCACCAUCCAGUUGUGAGGAAAAGGGCAAGCAGGAAUCAGAUUCCGGAGAUGCAGUAACUAACCCUCUGCCAAAAUUAGAUACAAUAUUUGAUGAAAAGAAAGGAAACACACAAGUCAUUAAGAACACAGAUAAAGAUAAAUUGAACGCAAACACCCAGAAUAAACUCAGAAAGUAUUUGGAAGAGAAACCACCACGAAGAAUUGUGAAGCAAGGAUUUCAGUGUUCUAAAAAAAAGAAGAAAAAGCCGCAACAAAUUAGGAACAAUGAACAUGGAGGUAAUGUCAAGGUAGUGAGUUCUGAUAGUGAAAUGUCCGAAAUAUCAAUAGAUGUACAAAUAAAGGAUGAGGCUGGUGAACAACUUGAGGUGGAUGCUUAUAAAACACAGGUCCAAAAGGGUGUGACUUUUCCAGACAGUGAUGAUAAAACAAUUAGAAUGGCAUCUAAGAGAAGUAAUCCUACUAAACCAGUUAAGACAAGGGAAAAAAAGUACAGAAAAAAAGAUACAUUGCCAAAGAUUAAAAACAAGAAUACAAAAUGUAAAAAAGACAUUGCAAAGGCACCAUUAAAAAUGCCUUGGGAAAUAAGUGAUCAUACCUUAGGCCCAGAGUCAAAAGAUUUUGCAAAGGAUGUAGCAACCUUCAAGUCUACUUUUACAAAGUUACCAGGGAGAGCAAAAGUAGGCAGCAAUAAGGCAUUGGCAAGUAAUUCCAAUCAUUCUCUUCCUGAUGAGCAUUCUGGUGUAUCAGCUUUAGCGUCAUCCAGUUGUGAGGAAGAGGGGAAGCAGGAAUCAGAUUCCGGUGAUACAGUUAUUUCUCUUCUGCCAAAAUUUGAAGGACUAUUGGAUGAGAAGUAAAGAAAUACAUAAGUCAAAAGGAACACAGAUAAAAUAAAUUAAAUGCAAAUACUCGGGAUGUAAUCUAAAAGUAUUUGGGGGAAAAACACUGGGACAAAUUGUGAAGCAAGGUUUUCAGAGUUCAAAAAAAAAAACAACCAACAAACGAACAAUGAAGUAUUGAAUUGAGUUUUUGUUCUCCUUCUAUGGCAAGGUGGAUAAAUCUAUGCCUAUAGCUUCAUACUAUACCACUACUUAAUCUUUGAAGCUUUUCAUAUGAAAUUAACACAUGUCUCUCUGGGUAAUAGUGCAUAUAUGCAACCUGAGAACUGAAAUAACACUUGAGGCAGAGCUGAGGGUAUAACAUUAUUUCAGUUCAAGGGUUGCUAAUAUGCACUGUUACCUUGAGAGAUGUGUUAUUUUCUGUAUUAGCUCAGCUGACGACGAAAUUGUCAACAUAGGAUUUAGUGAUGGGGCUGCGCCGGUCCUUGUGCGUCGUCAACAUUUGGGUUGUUAACACUUAGACUAGUAUUCACAGUUUUGGUUAGAUCAUAAUCAAACUUUGUCAGAAUGUUUGUAUCAUUGAAAGACAGGUCAUGUUUGAAUAUGCAUGGGUGCAAGUUUUCCGGCAUGUGCCGGAAGUUCCGGUUUUUCACGUGCCGGAGUGAUCAUUUUUGCAAAUCACGUAAAUCCGUUGAGAUAUUUGGAGGGGUAUGGUGCGGGUCUACUCUUUUGAACUGAGAAGUACCAUCGAUUAGAAGUUCAUAAUCGAGAACGCUUAUUAACAUACGGAUACUCACGGUUGUUCUCGAAGCGUCAAUAGUAAACUUUCGCGGAAACUGCCGAUAGUUUCCGAAGAUAUACGAGAUGUUUAGGAAAACAUGUAUUAUUAAUCCCGGCAUGCAAUUUUAUCCGUGAAUUUAUUACAACGAUUUAGAUUAGCGCGCUAAUUAUAAUCAUCCAAUGAAAAAGCGGCUUCGAUACCGAUUCGGCUACAGAGUAAUAUGUAAACAGAAAGUAAUUGUACAAGUUGUUAGUCAAAAUGAAGUUUCUACACGAAGGAUUUAAUACAAAAGAUAUCGAGAAGACCUCAAAAAAUAAAUGAUGGGAAUGGUUGUCUGUAUGUAAUCGAAACGGGGAUAACUACGGAAACUGGCUGGAAAAGCCAGACGUUACCGGUGUAGCUUUCUGCACUGCAUGUAGAAAAUCCAUCAAGUAUGGAUCCAGUGGAAAAAAAAAUUAAAUGCACGCAGACGAUCCAAACCAUAUGAAAAACAAACUUACUGUGAAACAUAACCAGGCUUGUUUUAAUUAUCUUUUUUUGAAAACAAUUUAUUGUUUGUAUGGAAUCAGGGUCAGCUCAACCCUAAUCAAAUUAAAACGUGAACUCGGUACAAAUCAACUCAAUUUUCAAUUUAUUUAUAUAUCGGUUUGUUUUAUCACUCUUUACUGUUGGAACCACAAUAUUAAAUAGUGGAAACAAUAUAUGAAUGCACAUUUCUUUUUGUGUUGAAAUGUUUUUGUUUAUAUAAUUAAGAAAAAGA